UUAGGAAAAGCUCACUGUUAGGAAACCUCUAUUAUUCACAUUCGUUGUGAUUGUCAUGUCAGGUGAUUUCGCUCACAUUUUAGAUGAAUUGUUGUGAAAUAAGUCGAGUAGUUCUCGCUCUGAAUUAUUGCUAAAAUUUACUCAAGUUGAUUCAAAAUUAAUUUUAAGCUGAUAUGCUGAAACCAAAGGCUCUAACUCAAGUACUUAGUCAAGCCAAUACUGGAGGAGUUUCCAGUACAUUACUCUUGAAUAGAGAAGGAACUUUGUUAGCGUACUCUGGUUUUGCUGGCAAAGAUGCAAAACUUACGGCUGCUAUAGCAAGCAAUAUAUGGAUGGCUUAUGAAAAAAAUGGAUGUUCUGUUCUUAAUAAUGAAUCCCUGAAGUUCAUCAUAAUUGAAUGUGAAGAGGGCUUUGUGGCAGUAACAGGUGUUGCGAAUCUUCUCCUUUGUCUACAGGCAGAUGCUGAUGUAGACUUAGGAAUAUUAAAAGCUAAAGCUGAAGCACUAGCAAAAUAUCUUGAAGUACCAUUGAUGCAAGUUUCUGCUUCUGUCUGAUUCAUUUUUUGUGUAAAUUUUAACUGUACUCCCGUAUUGUUAUUGUUUUUCAGAACUUUUUCAUUAAAUUAUUUUUAAUAAAAAUAUAAAUACUUUUUACUGCA